AUGUUUCUCCCGAUUCUCUUGAUAAUUCUCUCGUGUUUCCUCGAGAAUUCCCUCCAGCAAUGUCUCUUCUCAGCAAUGCAAUGUAAUCCACCCCCAACAGCGCCUCCUUUCAUGCCACCACCAUUGCCCGAGCCAAGUCCACCGUGCGCAGCUGAGGGUUGUAAUGGAGUUGAGCCAGCACCCGUUUUUGCAUCAUAUCCAUGUUGUUGUGGUGCACCGGAGUCUUGUGGAAUGGGCAAGAGUGGGUGUGGAGGUGGGUGUGGUUCGGGUGGAUGCGGUGGUGGUGGUGGUGGUAGUGGUGGUGGUGGCAGAUCAGUUGGAGCUGCUGGAGGUUGUGGUGAUUCAAGAGAACGCCAUCGACAAGCGCUUCUUAAAAAGCUCAAAUUAAAGAGAAAAUUGCGAAAAUUGGCAAAGAAAUGGAGGAUUUUUGAA